GGCCAAUCAUAAGCGCUGCUUUGGCUGCUGAAGAUUUGGUGUGAUGCGGGCGUGGCCGACGACCGACGCGAGGACGACCCAUCACCUCGUCCAUGGGCAUGGACCUAUGAUGGACCGACGAGCGAGGAUGACGAUGGUCUAUGCAUGCAAGGACGAUGGGCGCUCCUGCGUCCUGGAAGACCGCGUGCCGACGCAGGCCCACGGGACGUACUUCGAGUCGUUGCUCCAUCUCCCGACGCUCCAUCACGAGGCGACGUCGUACUUGGUCCGUGUCGUCCAGCGUCAUGACGUCUGCGAGCUCGAGAUGCGACCGCCGAUGCGAAGCGCGAUCUGGUCGUGCUCCCUCGAGCCAGCGGCCACGGUGACGUACCCGAUGGCACAGUACGCUGCUCCGCGCGAAGCCCUGCCCUCCAUCGAGACAAGCCGCAUUGCCCCAUCGCCUGCGAUCGCGCUCAUGCUGCUCAUGUGUUUCGUGCUUCUCGAGAUCACGCGACGCCGUUGGUCCAACAAGGCUCCUGCACUUCGGUCGCCCCCACCUGUGCGCUGGGAGACCUGCGAUGGGCGGGAGCACGCAGCCUCGACCUUCUCUGGCACCGCCCAGGACGUGACGUACCUUCUUCAAAAGCGCCUGUAGCCAUCGCGGCAACAACCUUGUUUGUAUGCAAGCGUCUUACGUUAAUAGAUAGAUGAUACACGCAUCCUGCUGCUAGUAGUCGGCGAGGA